CACCUCACCCGGCGUGAAAGAACGACAGCGGCCAAGCUAGAUGGUACUUCGACUCGGCAGCUAACGUUGGGGAUUUGCAUUUCCAAAGGAAGUGAUAUCUAUUUAUCUCUUGUGGAGCCAUACUGUACCGACAUGGCUCUUUACGAAUAUGUCACUCAGGAGCAGCUUGCGGGCUUCGACAAAUACAAGUACAGCGCAGUGGACUCGAAUCCCCUCUCUGUCUAUAUCAUGCACCCUUUUUGGAACUUUGUGGUGAAGUUUCUACCAACAUGGUUAGCUCCAAACCUCAUUACAUUUACAGGCUUUAUGUUCCUUGUGUUGAAUUUCCUUAUGUUGGCCUUCUUCGACUUUGACUUCACUGCCUCUGGUGCAGCACAUCAACACGUGCCUAGUUGGGUCUGGGUUGCUGCAGGGAUCUUCAACUUCUUGGCCUAUACACUCGAUGGUGUUGAUGGGAAACAGGCUCGUCGCACCAACUCCUCCACGCCACUAGGGGAGCUGUUUGACCACGGCCUGGACAGUUGGGCCUGCAUCUUCUUUGUCGCUACCGUCUACUCCAUAUUCGGGCGUGGUGAAAGCGGUGUGGGCGUAGCCACACUGUAUUACAUCCUGUGGGUGGUGCUGUUCUCAUUCAUUCUAUCUCACUGGGAGAAAUAUAACACUGGCAUCUUGUUUCUGCCCUGGGGAUACGACAUCAGCCAAGUGACCAUCUCUCUCAUAUUCUUGGUCACUGCCGUGGUCGGCGUGGAAACAUGGUACCAGCCAAUCCUGUGGCAAUUCCUCUAUAGAGACCUUUUCACCUUUAUGAUCAUUGCCUGUUCCUUCACUGUGACCUUACCCAUGAGCCUCUACAACGUCCUGAAAGCUCAUCGCAGUAACACUCUGAAGCACAGCAGCCUGUACGAAGCCUUCCUGCCCUUUCUUUCUCCCGUCCUCCUUUUUGUCUUGUCCACCACUUGGGUGGUCUUUUCUCCAUCCAACAUCCUCGAGCUGCAGCCCAGGAUCUUCUACCUCAUGGUGGGGACAGCCUUCGCUAACGUCACGUGUAAGCUGAUUGUGUGUCAGAUGAGUAACACACGUUGUCAGGCGCUGAGCUGGCUGUUGCUGCCCAUGACACCAGUGGUGAUGUUAGCGGUGACCGGGGUGUUCAACGAGACCCUUCUGCUGUAUCUGUGGACUUCUGCUGUCAUACUAGCACACAUACACUAUGGUGUAUCAGUGGUACAACAGCUCAGUGGCCACUUCAAUAUCCUCGCCUUCUCCCUGAAGAAGUCCAACAGUGACUGACAGGAGGAGGAACGAAUCGGCUUGAAAGAAGCGGAGGUUUAGGCUCCUCCCCUCCUUGGCUUAUCGACACUUCACUCUCAUCACCACGGAAACCACAUCCCCUCCUCUCCAUCCAUGAGGACACUGCAAGUGGAAUGGAUUGUGGCCCUUUGUUCCACUGUCCCCAAACACACGCACACAACACACACGUGCGCACACACGUUCCCAACCAACCAAACUUUGGUCUCGGCGACGGGACGGGCCCAGGGGCUGUGGCUUCCGUCAUUGGUUGAGCCAAUGAGGUGCAAUUGUUUCCUACGGAAAUGUGCUUCAGUCAUGAGGACAGGAGCCAUACGAACACACACACACACACACACACACAAUGUACAUACAUUAUUCUGCUUUCGUGCAGACAAUUUAUAUCUCGUGGCCGGUAUUUCAAAUACAAACGCAGCCACAACUCCAAAACACACACAAACAGUUGCGCUCACAUAGUAUUAUGAAUGUAUGAUAUGCCUUGGGGAAAUGCCAUUUAAGUUUUAAUUAUAUUAACAGGAAUGCCUCGAGUAGUGUUUAAAACUUGACCAAACCACUAAAUUCUGACCACAUGUAGCUCAUACAUCCACAACUGUGUCCAGAGUUUAAAGGUUCAGUCACAUUUUUAUCAUGAGAUGAUUUUCAGUUGGAUAUUACAGUGAUGUAUGUAUAUAUAUAUAUAUAUAUAUAUAUAUAUAUAUAUAUAUAUAUAUAAAAAUAAAUAAUGUGUUAAGGGGUUUGGGGCAUUUUAUUUUCUAACUAAAACGAAACUGAAAGAAAUUAUGAUUACUUCUGUAAAAAAAAAUUGUAUAAAUUUCCCUCUAAUUAAUUCCUACUCUGUGGUGACAGUUGUCAUGAGUAAACAGAGUAGGAUUUUGACUAACCAGGGCAAGAAUUGACCAGGGUGACCUCUGAUCUUUUUUGAACUCCACUAACCCUCCACUGAAUUCUGUCUGAGCACUGGCCUCCCGGCUCUCCCUUCGUUUUGAGGUGUCGUGUCUUCAUGCUGAUUCGUUCCGUUAAAUUUUUUUUUAAUUUUUUAAAAAAUUUUUACAUUUGUUUUAUACAUAUAAUUGGUAUUCUUUUGUCUGUUGCCGUGGCAAUGGUUUGUGGUGUAGUUGCCCAGCGCUUGAAUGAAGAGUGCGUUCAAAAACCGUUAACGGAGCGGACUCACUCUGAGGGAACAAGCCGUCGCACAGGACACCGCAAACUCCACAACACAGCCUGGCGUCACACUCUCCUGCUCCCACACACACAUUAUUACACCCUUUAUACUGUCUGUCAGAUCAUGUCUGUAUCGUUGCGGGUUUUUUUCACUCUGUUUAACACUGUUCCUCUGCGUGUUUCAAUUCAAUGUUUCCAUGGCUAAGAUGGAUAUUUUUCACUGCCCGGACAGUUAAGGUUUACUUCUCAUCUGUGUCACCUCAUCACAAAAAUCUCUCUUUUUCUUCUUGUUACAACAUAGACAGUUUGCCACUGUGGUUGUAGUUUGGAGGAAAUGUGCUCUUUGUGUGUAACCUGACCCUUUGGAAUUCUUUUCAGCCUUGCUAUUGAAAAAUGAUUAGUCUUGUCCAUCUGCAAGGACUUUGCCCUAUUUCAUGUCUGCAGAACAACAAUUGUUGAGAGAGCCUCGUACUUGCCUUGUAUAGCGCAGGUUCAACUGAGAGUUAUUCAUCAGUUAUUUGACUGAACAUGAAGUCUGAAUGUGUCACGAUAAUUAUCUCAUAUACAGUAGAUUGCUGAAAAAUGAGUGUGACGAUACUUUAUGAUUAAAAAGGUACAUGGGGAAACGGAUACACUGGCAAUGAAAAACAGAAAUAUACUCGGAUCUUUGUGGAUCAUUUUUACCACUUGUCCAUAUAUUUUGUACAUAAACUGUUAUUGAGCAACACUGGACAUUUAGACCACGGCCUUGUACUGUCCCUGUAGUACUAUCGUGACUGGGAGAAACAAUCUAACUCUACUGCCAUAAUACCCAGUAAAGUAGCCCAUGUUGGUUUGCAGUACCUCUGCACUGAAACUGGGGAAAGCUUGUAUGCAGUCAUAAGCACAUUAUUAUAGUUGAAAUUUGAUUUGAGACGUUAAUAAUAUAGCCCCAUAUUUGUAACUUUGGAGACCAUAGAUUGUAGUUAUGUGAGAGCAACUGUGACUGAGAUUUUGCCACCGUAACAGUGAACUGUUUUUCUGGUGGGUACCUGCACUGGCUGGGUAUGUGCAGAGCCAUGUGUACAAGUCCGUUAAUGUGUGGUUGUAUAGUCUAUGUGUGGAUAAAUGUGUAAAUACAUGUAUUGUUUCUUCAUUUUUAUUUUAUUUUAUUGAAACUCUCCAAACAUGGGGGAGGUAGGAACUUGUAGACCAGGGGAUGAUUCCAAUCAGCAUUGUUUUUAUUGUCAGCUCCAAACCCUGCAAAGCUACAAAUCUGUACAGCAUUUCUUAGAUCUGGUAACAAAUUUAUUUAACAAUUCUCAUCUCUGCUGCUCUAUUGGCUGAUUGGAUCUGGUCUUCUUUUUCAUGGGAUAGUUUGGAGAGGGGUGGACUCUGGGUGUGAAGGCCUCCACCCCAGGCUGCAAACACUACCAACAAUGCUAAAUGCAGCCAGGGAUUUCAUAUCACAUUCGUAGAAACAGGUUCGCUGGGUAAGAAAAUGUGUGCCAUUCAGUGAAACGAACAAACAUCAAGCAGGAAUAUCGGAUUAAAAUGGGUGAAGUUCUCAUCCAGUGGACAGGUGUAUUUGUUGAUUUCUUAAGGAUAAAGCAAACUCUUUCUGAGCUAAUUUUCUGGGUAUAUUUUGUAGUGUGCGCCUCAGCUUCACUCCCCAAUGUUUUGGGGAAAAUAGUCUUAAUCCCCCCUGGAUCAAUGAACCAAGUUGUUCAAAUUGUGACUAAGUUGUUGUGUAAUGCUGCCCUGGCAAACACCCCAGGGCUUCAGUGUGGCUACUUGUGAUGUUGUAUUUAACCAGUGAAAGAAAGGAAUGUCCAGAAACAAAUAAAAGUGAAUUUUCUUUAACCAC